AUGUCAACGCUUGUGGAGCCUCGAGUAAAAAAACACGGCGCGUGUAAGAAGUUGCGCUUAUUAAUCUGCAAGAAUCUGAGCAUCCAUUUGGCUCAUCCCAUUGGAAUGGCAUUCAUACUAUUGUUUCCAAUAUUCACCUUUAUGUAUACUCAGCUCGAUCAGAUCAUCAAUAUUCACACCGCAAUCAAUAUUGAUGAAAGGAAAUUUGGGUCCAUAGACAUAAUGCAGGUGAAUGUAUCUUCAAUAUUCUAUUCACCAAGCAACAAAGUCCUUAAUGAUGUCAUUACGGACGUGGCCGCGAGUUUGGGCACGGAAGUUAUUGAGUCUUAUUUAUACGCAUCUGAUUUGGAUAAAGCACUACACGAUAAAGAUGGCUUUGUGGGCAUUGAGUUCGAGGAUAAUCUUAUAAAUAUUGUUGAUUUACCAUUGGAGUUCAACAUCGCAUUGCGAUUCCCGUUGCAUUUUCGAUCGAAAAAAACCUUGAUAAGAAGUUGGCAGCCUAACUUGUUCUUCAAAACUUAUGAGUCCGCCGAGAGCUCCCCCUACGAUUACGAAGGCUAUCUGGUUGUGCAGGCGAAACUAUAUGAGGCGUUGCUGCAGAGAAAGAACUAUUCGCUCCUUGUUCCCCAAAUAAGCGUGCGGGCCUUUCCCGAACAGAUGUACAUGGAUUUUUCAUAUUUGACUCCUUUAUACAAUCACCUCACCACAUACUUUACCUUUAUUUAUAUGGCUCCCUGCUUGAUUAUUGGUCAGCAAAUCGUUUCAGAGAAGCAGAGACACUUGAGGGAGAUAAUGCGCAUAAUGGGUCUGCCUGUUACGCUGAACUGGGUAUCGUGGUUUAUAGUGUCCUAUUUACUAUAUUUUGUACCGGCGAUCGUUGUUGUUUGCGUCAUGAAGUGGUGCAUGUGUCCGGCCUCCAAUUUUCUAGUGUUGCUGCUAAUUUUCAUUAUCUACAUAUUUACAUUGGUGUGCUUCACGUUUAUGAUCACCGCCUUUGUGACCAGCACCGUCAUGUCGAUGACCUCGUUAUUCCUGACGCAGCUCCUUAGUUACCUACCAUUUCUGAUGUUGGGAGCUCGUCACAAAAACUCCAUGGCAAUAAUUGUGUCUCUGUUCAUGAACAGCGCCAUGCCCAGCAUAUUCUAUCAGAUUCACAGUUUCGAGAUGCGGGGCACGGGUCUGCAGUGGAAGAAUAUGUUUAAGUACAGCCAUCCCGAUGACGAGAUGACCAUCGGCACCACAAUGAUGGUCAUGCUGUUCACGAACGUAUUCCGUGUCCUAAUCGGCCUGUAUGUGGAUCAAUUGAAUCCUGGCGAAUUUGGCGUGGCCAAAAAAUGGUAUUACCCUUGCCAAAAGUCGUUCUGGUGCCCAUGGAGACGGUAUGGCCCCCGAUUUCAAGAUGAAGAGCAAGUAUUUCACCCAUCCGUAUCAGGCAAAUCGGAAAUCUUUGAUACCGAAACGAUUCGCAAUAAAAAAGUCAUCUUGGAGGCACACAACUUAUCCAAGUCAUACGGCGACAACGAGGUGGUGCACGACUUUAGCAUGAAAUUUUUUGAGAACGAGAUCACUGUAAUGCUCGGCCACAAUGAAUCGGGCAAGACGACAGCGUUGAUGAUGCUGGCAGGCAUCACAGCGCCCACAUCCGGCAUAGUGACCUUGGAAGGCCUUGACUUGCCCACGGCCAGACAAACGGGUCAAUAUUCGCUCAGCAUUUGUCCCCAACACAAUAUCCUGUUCGAUGAGCUGAGCGCCUAUUGGCAUAUUGUAUUUUAUAGCCGCUUGAAGGGAUUCGAACAGGCCGAGGCGGAAGCGGAGGCCGAAAAGUACCUGGCCAUCAUGAAUCUGUUGGAUAAGUCGACCAUAAGAGUUGAAUAUCUCACCACUGGCAUGAAGCGCAAGCUCUCCGUGUGCUGCGCUCUGUGCGGCAAUACCAAGGUGGUGCUGUGUGAUGAGCCAACCGGUGGCCUCGACCCUUGCGCUCGCCGUGAUGUCUGGAACAUGCUGCGCAUGGAAAAGACUGGCCGCUGCAUACUGAUGGUCACGCAUUUCAUGGAGGCCGCCGAAGUCUUAGCCGAUCGCCUCGCCAUCAUGCGCGACGGGCACGUGUACUGUUACGGCACUGAAGAGAAAGUUAUUAGUAGUCUGGGUCCCGGAUAUCGUCUGGUGUGUGUGGCCGAUGAAAACUGCAAUGCGGAUGAGGUCACCGAUUUCCUUAAGGAUAACAUUCCAAAUGUUGAACUGGAAAACAUUGUCGGCUCGGAGCUAACGUAUCGUCUGCCAGUUCAGCAUGUGCACAAAUUCACGAAUCUUUUCAAGGCCUUGGAGAGUCAGAUGGACACAUUGAAGCUCUCCAGUUUUGGGGUUAGUGCACCCACAUUGCGAGAGACUUUCCUGAAGAUAAGUGGACAUACGGUUGAGCGACGUAGCAAACUGGGUGAAGGGGAUAGCGACGAUUCGUGGGUGACCAAGCCCAUGGCGAACCGGGAGUUGAAACGAUCAAAGAAAAAUCUGAAUGACUGGCAUGCACUGAUGUUUAAGAAGUGUCGACAUACUCGCAACCAUGCGAUACUAUAUACCUUAAUUAUCCUGAUGCCGUUGAUAGAACUAAUGCUAUUUACAGUUAUGCAUUUAGUUUACCAACAAGAUUUUCUGGUGGAGUUGGAUCCCACCGACUUGUCGAACUAUAAUAACCCAAUCGUCCUUAAGGAGAUGCUAGUGCCAGCUGACGAAGAUCCCCAUGAUUAUUAUUUGAUCAAUAACAGAAAGAUUGCCGUGGCGUAUGAAAAUAUAGCCAUGGAUGCCGGCGCCACAGUGAUUUCAGUGGUGCAGGAAACCCUCUCGCAAUAUAUAUUGAACAACACUAGACUGGAUGAGGAAGGCUUCACAGAAACCUAUGUGGCAGCAGCAACAUUUGACGACACGAUCAGGACGUGGUUCAAUCGACGGAUGAAUCAUGGAGCUGGUCUCUCACAUGGCCUAAUCUAUAGAGCCGUCGCAUAUGCUAUGGCCGGCAUGGAUAUCAGGAUCGUUAAUAAGCCUCGUGCCGAUUCGGAUAUGUCAGUUCUACUUACACACAGCGAUCGUCUGGCGCGCACUUAUUCCAAUUGCCUCUGUGCCUAUCUGUGCUUUGCGGUCUCGGCAUUCGUUCUGCUGCCCGUCUACGAGAAGGCAUCGCACUUGAGGCAUGUCCAGAUAAUGAACGGCAUUAGCCUGUGGAGCUACUGGCUGGCGAGCUUUGUGUGGGACUUGUGCAUGUUUAUGCUGAUUAUAACAACGGUGCUUCUCUCCCUAUAUCGUCAUCCAGCAGAUACCCUAUGCUGGAUAUCCCUAUUUCUGUUGCUAUUCGGCAUCUCCGCACUGAUUUUUACCUACCUUCUAUCGUUUCUCUUCAAGGACCCGGGCCGCGGAAUGGCCUACGUGCUGCUUUUCUAUUGCACUAUUGUGUUCUUGGCCGCCUUUCUCAUCCCGCUGAGAAAUGAUAGUGUCUAUAAGCAUUUUCACAAUCUGUUAAUGAUCCUGCCACUUUAUUCCUUGUAUGGGGCCGUACUAUUCUUAUUAACCAACAGCAGCGUAAAUACCAAUUGCCAUGAGGUGGAAUGGAAGUCCUUUUGCGAAUUGCACAACAGGUGCUGUGAUGUAGCCGCGCUGGAUAUAUACAAUUUCCUCGUCUGCCUGAUCAUAGGCCCAAUAAUAUUUUUCAUACUUCUAAUGCUGGCAUCGAGAGCGCUGCCGCUGCGAUAUGCGAUCAAGUGUCGUUCCAGGGAGUGCUCGCUGCGGGACAACGAUGAUAAUGUGUACCAUGCCCGCAUGGAUAUCGACAUUUUGGUCAAAAAUGAGGACGAGCUGAAGGCCUGCAGUCUAGUCUGUCGUCGAAUCACUAAGAAGUACCGCCGCUAUGUGGCUGUCAACUGCGUGUCCCUACAGGUCAAUCCAUACGAAUGCUUCGGCUUGCUGGGACCGAACGGUGCAGGCAAGACGAGCACUCUGAACAUGAUCGCUGGCAUCAAAAUCAUUUCCGAUGGCGACAUCUACAUAAAGGGGGUCAACAUUAAGAAGUUGACCAAACAGGGUCUAUUGAACAUCGGCUUCUGUCCGCAGAAGAACAUCUUGUUGAACUAUAUGACCGGCAGGGACAUGUUGAAGUUCACCGCCCUGAGCUGCGGCAUUAAGAAGGACUUCAUUCCGGUCAUUAUCGGUAAAUUGGCCGAACGCUUUGUGCUCACCAAGAGCCUCGAUCUGAAGAUCAGGCACUACAGUGUGGGCACCAAAAGGAAACUGAAUAUCGCCAUGGCUGUGCUGGCCCACGCUCUUGUCUGCCUCGACGAGCCCACCGCCGGGGUGGAUAUCAGUGCCCAGGAGGAGAUUUGGGUGGUGCUCAGCGACAUGCGCGAAAGGGGCAGAGCUCUGCUGCUCACCUCGCACAACAUGCAGGAGUGCGAGAAGGUAUGCUCCUGCUUGGCCAUCAUGGUCAAUGGAAGCCUGCAGUGCUACGGCUCUGUGCAACAGAUAAAGCAUUACUACGAUAAGGGCAUCACUAUCCGGAUUCAAGUGGCCACCGAAUUGGAAAUGUUGUUAGGAUCUGAGGACUCUUCUUCGCACGAAUCGGAAGUGGAAAUCGAAAAAGAAGCUAGUGAAUCGACCAUGAAUUCUGAGACUAGGUGGAUGUCUAAAAUGACGGUGUUGUCCACUGAAGAUGAUGUCAAUACGAAAGGGACACAGACUAAUUUAAAAAAACGAAAGAAAACGACCUUAACUGUGCCCAUAUCGACGGAAGAUUCGACGGAUUAUGUAAAAAAAUCAACCUCAACGCUUAUUAGACAAAAAUCAUCAUCCUUAUUUUCGAGGAGCUGGGCAUAUGAUUCGCACAUCAGUACGAAUGAGUUUACUGACUAUGUUGAAUUGAUCCGAAAUGUCGAAGCAAAAUUCAAGGCUGAUUUUCCCGACUGCUAUAUCAUAGAGAGUUACUCGUAUCGUGGCUACGUGGUUAUCGUAAUACCCGACAAAGACGUCAAAUGGUCCACAAUAUUCAGAUACGUUGAACAGAAGCGGAAUUCAUUGCAAAUCAAGCAUUAUUCGAUUAGUGAGACAUCGCUCGAGGAUAUCUUUAUCGAUUUCGCGAAUCAGCAGGAUUCGGAAUAAAUUGAUCAAUCAACCAAAAUCUAUCUACUGAGAUAAUUAUGUUGUUAGCUGUUAAGCCGGAAAUUGUUUAGUGAAAUGAACCUUUUGCGCACCUAAAUACAAAUUCAGUGCAGAUCGUUGAACUUGCAGUCAUUUACGACUAAUGUGGAAAAAAUAA